GUCUGAGUGGCCUGGUGUACGGUGCUCCUCACUCCGCGAAGUUGCAGAAGCCGAGCGUGCGUCUGAGGCCGGGACCCCCGCGCUCACGCCUCUUUUCUGCCUGCCCCAUGGCGCAGGUCUUUCUGAACAGCCUGGGCUGGGGUUGACGGAACUUCUUUUCCCGCCCCAACUCUUUCCAGAGGCAGACACUCGGGGAUUCACUCCGCAGUCUACAAGUUCCAGUGGUCUGAGCCGAAGAUGAAGCCAUCUAUCCUGCCUCCACUCCACCAAGGCACUGGCCACAAUAAAAGCAAAGUGAAGAUCUUAUCUAGAAUUCAGUCAGGGAUACAGAACCAGGCCACUACAGCGAUGAAGAGUCCACGGGGAUUGAGAAAAAAGGAGCAGUUGCACAUGGGGAAGAUGCAGGCCAAAGUUCGACUGAUGAGGUCCAUGCUCCGGAACCAGCGGACCUCGCUCCAGGACCUCUUAAACCACGAGAGCUUCCUCAGCAAGCUCAACCAGGAGCUGAUAAAGACCAUCGAGGACAUGGAGGAGAGCACGGGUCGGAACGCGCGCGCGAUGCUGCAGCAGCAGGGCGUCCUCGGGAAUGUCAUCGACAUCUUGGAGUAUUCAAACAAGAAGAGGGUGCAGCAGUUGAGGUCUGAGCUCCAGCAGUGGGAAGAAAAGGAGGAAUACAAGAUAAAUGGCCUGCAGCGACAGGUGGACCAGAUGAAUGCUGAGAUCCACCAGGCGCACGAGGAGGUGGGCUUCCUGAGCACGUACAUGGAUCAUGAGUACCCCGUCAGGUCGGUCCGGAUUGCCAGCCAUAAGCGCCAGUUGCAGCAGGCCAAGGACAGCCAGCAGGAUGAGUUGGAUAACCUUUAUGAGAUGCGCAGAUCAGUCCUGGAGUACAUCUCCAACAGUAUUCACCAGAAGAAGAAAAGCAUUCUGAGGGCUCUGAUGGUGAAAACCCAACAACCUCACGAGGAGAUGCUCCUGAUGAAGACCCGGGGCAGCCAGCAAGUGCGGAGGUGCAUGGUCUGGUUCAGAGAGCUUAUUGAGGAACUGAACAAGGAAAUACCCGUGUUAGCGGAUGAGGUGGAAAGACUGCAGACUGAGCUCUGGGAACCCCGGCAGAUUGCUUUUGAAGAUGUCCUACUGCAUAGACCCAGGUGCAACCCAGACAUGCCUGUCAUCCUGAGAAUACCCGUGGAAGAGCAGCUCCCUUUCUAGAUGGCAGUGCCAGGGGCCACCUUCUGCCCUGCUCUUUCUCAGCAUCUGGAGCUGUGAGGGGUUUGCUGCAACACACGGCUCCAUGCCGACUGAUCUGCAGGUCCCCCUCUGAUGCUUGGGCCAGGCGGGACUCUCUAGUCCAGCCUCCUGGCCCUUUCUGCCAAUAAAGCUGGGUUUGCGUGUU